GAAACACUAUCAAUAUCCAUUAAUCCCUUGGAUAUUAGUCUUCCAGAUUCCAUUGGGAACUUUUCAACCUCCUUUAGAAAUAUUUAUGCAUUUGAAUCUCAAAUAAAGGGUCAUAUUCCUGUCGGAAUCGGUUCCUUGAAAGGCUUGACCACGCUUGGUUUGGGCAAUAACAAUUUGACUGGAAACAUACCACCCACAAUUGGGGGAUUGGAAGGGUUACAAAGAUUAUACCUUUAUGGUAACAAAAUUGAGGGAUUCAUUCCAAAAGACAUGUGUCAGUUAAAGAACUUAGGUGAGUUAUAUCUCUCAAAUAACAAAAUCUCGGGAUCAAUCCCAAAUUGCAUUUCAAACCUCAAUCUUCUGCAAAAGCUAUUUCUGAGGUCUAAUAGGCUGGAAUCAUCAAUACCAUUAAAUUUAUGGAGCCUUAAGAAUCUAUUGUUUUUGGGUCUCUCAUCGAAUUUUCUCAGUGGAAAUUUGUCUCCAAACAUGAAAAAAAUGGAUGUCAUUGAACACGUUGAUAUAUCUCAGAACCAAAUUACUGGAAAUAUUCCAAGCAUCAUUGGAGCAUUUGAAAGCCUAAGUUAUCUUGAUUUAUCAAGGAACUCAUUUCAAGGAGACAUUCCACAAUCUUUUGGAGACUUGAAAGGAUUAGAUGUGUUAAACCUCUCAUAUAAUAAUCUCUCUGGUGUAAUUCCUAAGUCUCUUGAAGCACUUCCAUAUCUCACGUAUUUGAAUGUGUCUUUCAACAAGCUAUCAGGAGAAAUACCAUCUAGAGGGUCUUUUGCAAACUUCACAGCAAAAUCAUUUUUAGGAAACAAAGCACUUUGUGGGAAUCCAAUUUUUGAAGUUCUACCUUGUCCAAGCCCAAGCUCCAAAGGAUCUAAGGUGAAACAAAGUCUACUCAAAUAUUUUCUUCCUGCUAUUGCUUCAAUUAUAGUAUGUCUAGCAUUAGUUUAUGUGUUGAGAAGACAUCGAGAAAGUAAAAUACAGCUUCCAAGUUUAUUUAAUACAUUGCAUGUAUUGGAGUUUAGAAUGAUAUCAUAUCAAGAGCUUUGCCAAGGGACAAACAACUUUUGUGAAAGUAACUUGCUUGGAGUUGGAGGUUUUGGUUCUGUGUAUAAAGGCAUGCUCCUUGACGGGACUAUUGUUGCUAUUAAAGUUCUAAAUUUGCAAUUAGCCGGUGCUUUCAAAAGUUUUGAUGCAGAAUGCAAGGUCUUACGAACAAUCCGACAUAGGAAUCUUGUUAAAGUCAUAAGUACAUGCUCUAACCCGGAGUUCAGAGCUUUAAUAUUGCAAUACAUGUCGAACGGCAGCCUCGAAAGGUGGUUAUACUCUUAUAACUACUCCUUGACUCUUCUUCAAAGAGUAAACAUUAUGAUUGACGUUGCGUCAGCGUUGGACUAUCUCCACCACGGUCAAUCAGAAUCUGUGGUUCACUGUGAUUUAAAGCCUACCAAUAUCCUUCUAGACGAGGACAUGAUUGCACACGUGAGUGACUUUGGCAUUGCAAAGAUUUUGGUCGAAAACAAGGAUGCUACACAAACCAAAACUCUUGGUACACUUGGCUAUAUUGCACCAGAGUAUGGCUUGGAAGGAAAAGUCUCCAUUAAAGGCGAUGUUUAUAGCUACGGUAUAAUAUUGUUGGAGAUGAUCACAAGGAAGAAACCUACCGACGACAUGUUUGUAGAAGAAUUGACCUUAAGGCAAUGGAUAAACGCAUCACUUUCCGACAAAAUACUGGAGGUUGUGGAUGACGGUUUAAUGAGAACAGAAAAUGGACAAAAUGCAACUGUCAUGCAGAGUGUUCUUUCAUCCAUCAUUGAAUUAGGUUUGAAGUGUUCUGAAGAGUUACCAGAUGAAAGAGUUGAUAUCAAAGAUGUGCUUGUCAAGCUUAAAAAAAUCCAAGUGAAACUUUUUGAAAACAGAAAUGAUGGUGUUUGAUAUAUUUUAUCUGGGUUAUAUCGGGUUUGUCUUUUAAUUUCUUAAAGUACUUACAAGUGGUAUGUUUUAUGUUUGUAUGACUUUCCAUGUUUAAAUAAAUGC